GCAGGUUUGAAGAUCGAUGAAAUCCAGUCUCGAACUCUUGUCAUCAUCAACACUCGGGCCUUGUCGGGGGUUCGGCCACGGAGAGAAAAAUCCCCGAUCUAUGAUAGAUCGAUACCCCUAUAGAACACGCUUUAAAACAAAAAGAUCUGCCAUUCAAGUACCUCCCAACACCGCUUACACUGCCUCAAUGAAGUUUUUGCCUCUGUUAUCUUUAGUCAGCGGCAGCCGGACUUUUCUUUUCACAUCCCCCGUUGUGGUCCCGCCUCUCAAAUUAACGAAAUUGAGCGAUCAUACCGCUAGUCUCUGUGGAGGCUGACUAUCGAUGUAUCCGUCUCCAACGUCCGCCGAGAGGUCGGAGGAUGAAACUCGACAGCCGAGGAAGCGCACAGCGAGAGCCUGUGAUGCAUGUUAUAAAAGAAAGAUCAAGUGCGACGCAGCUGUGCCACAGUGUAACUGGUGUAGUCACCACAAUAUCCCAUGUACAUUCGAGCGAGUCAUCCAUAAAAGACGAAAAGAUAAGACAAAUGCAAAUAUCCAACAAAAAUCUACCGGCCUGGCCGAGCGCAUCGACCGGAUAGAGAAACUCCUAACAGAUAGCCUGUUCAGAGAACCCACGCCUAAUGCGUCUCCUGCCUCCUCUGGACCAAGUGGGUUCGGGAUAAAGUUGCCUGGGCCAUCCCACGGCCAAUCGUCCCUACCGUCCUCGGUGCCGCUUCAUUUCGCAGGACGAGAGUUGAGCGUUGUGAGCCAGCUUACAGGUAUCCCAUUCUUGUUACCGGAGGGCCAGGAAUGGGUUCAAUCGCGAACUGGGCAGAAAAUCGACGUCGACAAGCUAAGUCCUACUAGGCCUCCAUGGGAGAAACAGCGUGCAUUGAAUUCAUGUGCAAUGUUCAACGAUCUGCAGACAGGGCAAAUAUUUGAUCUUCCGGAUAGAAAGGUCUUGGAGCUUCAUCUCGAAAGGUAUCGAUUAUCACUUAUGCAGAGCAUAUUUCCCAUUGUGGACCACGAACUUUUCCAGGAGACCAUUGAUGCCGUCUAUCAGAAACCUUCGCCCGAUUCUUCCUACGCAGAGUCAAGUUUAAGGGGCUGCAUCUUUGCUUUUCUGGCAUUCUCGUCUCUUAUCAUGAACCCCUGUAAUGAGGUGACCGCACCGACACCCCCGCCUGUUGAUGGUGAGAAAUACUUUAUGAAAGCGCAUCUCUUGGUGCCCCAAAUUCUGCAGGGGACUCCAACACUGGAUGGUGUCCAGGCGAUUACAGCAAUGGCCUUGUUCGAGUUAAUCACCGGUAGCCUGCAAUCUGCAAACUACUUUGGCACUCUUGCAGCACGCAUGCUAUUCAUGUUAGGUGCUCAUACUUCCUAUCCAGAUGAAGCCGAAUAUCCCAUAAAAACCACCAGAGGCCGUCGCUCUCGAGUGCAACGGCAACUCAGAAUUAUCUUCUGGCUUUGCUUCACCAUCGAGAAAGAUGUCUGCAUCCGGAUCGGCCAACCUCAGAUGUUCACAGACGAAAACUGCGAUCUAACAUUACCACCCGGCUACGUGGAACAGCUAUACGCAGACAUGCAGGUACAUCAUUGCGUGGAGGAACUACGAACAUGCGAAAUAACAAGAUAUCCGCUAUUCCCCGUCGACCUCCGUCUGAGCAUCAUCAAGUCUCGCGCCUACAGCGCACUCUACUCAUUCAAAGCCCUCAAGAAAACCGACGCCGAGAUUCUAAAAGAUAUCCGCGAGCUCGACGACGAGCUAGAGCGCUGGCGAAUGUCCAUCCCCCUCGAAUGGCGACCAACCCUGUCCUUCUCCCAUGAAACCCCCGACCCAAACGUCAGCAUGCACUCUGUCAUGCUACGCCUGAACUACCACCUCUGCAUGACCAUGAUUCAUCAGUCCAGCAGCCGCUGCAAAUCCUGGGCCAAAGGCCAGGGCGGCAUGAUGGACGGCGUGAGUUCCAGUCUCGCGCUCUCCGUCGAAGCCAGUCGCUCGACCCUCCUCUACAUCGAAGCAGCGGAGCACGUCCUCGUCGACGGCAUUUUCUGGACUCUAAUUUUCUACCCUAUGUCCGCCCUCCUCGCAAUCUUCUGCAACAUCCUCCAGAACCCAUCCGACCCGCAGGCCACAAAGGAUGUGCGCCUCCUUCGCACAGCAACGGGUAUGAUGGAGCGGUUGUUCUCGCGACAGCCCUUCGCAGUCGCGGAGAUCGUGCAUAUCAAGCUCGUGGCUGAUUUCGUCUCCGAGUUGUAUAGACUUGCUACUUGUGCUAUUGAAAAAGCGUGGAAUGAGCGUUCUCAUUAGAAUGGGCUUGUGUUGAGGUGUUCGAAGGGUAUUUUUACAGGGACCGGACUGGACUACGGGGUUAUGGGACUUGAAGUUAUGGUUGAUAUAUAUGGUACGUAUGUGUGUUAGGUCUUGAUUAGGGGGUAUUCUGUUGUUUCCCUGUUUUUCGGGAUGUCGAUCGCAUAUAUACCUACUAGUACUUGGGUUAAAAAACGGUGGUAUCGUGUGGUUGUGUUGUGGUUUUGCUGCUUUGGCACUAUGGUUUUCUCAGGAUUGCUCGACUGGGUGGGUUGCUCACAUUCAUCUUGUGGGAUGCUACAAUUGCGACGCUAGAGUUUACAGGACUUAGACUACAAAAGG